AUACCACUCUUACUUUUGACAAGCAAAUUACCAAUGAGCCCUGGAAAUCACAAAACGACAAAACAGUACUAGAUUUGCUAACAACUUCGCCGCCAUAAUGGCAAAAUCGUCAAUCAAAGAGUCCAACCCAAAUCCCACAAGGUCACGUGAUGUAUAUAUACACCACGAAAGGAUAAUAAGAAAAUAAAAUAAAAUAAAAACUCUCUCCUCUCUCUCUCUCUCUUCGCUCCUUUCUUCUCUCUUCUCUUUUCGUCGUACUAGUCUCUCUUUGCAGUCAUGGCAAUAACCGUAUUCGACGCGUUCAGAGAGAGGAAACAACCCGCCAAGAUCAUCAAUAUCAACGAUUCCGCCUCCUCUUCCUCCUCUCUAGUUAACCUCCCAUCGACUACUUUCCGCGACAACAUCAGAUCGCUUCUCCGCGACUACGCCGUGACAGAAGAUUACACCGUCCACGGCAACACCGUCUCCUGCAUCUUCUUCUACAGCGAAGAAACCGGCGUCGUGUUCCCUCUUUUCACCGUCGAAGAACGAAUCUCCGACGGCGAUUUAUCUCCCAAUCUUCUCUGCGAUGUUUGUAGAUGCGUCGGUUGGGGUCAUCAUUAUGUAACAAAGAGAAAGUAUCAUUUGAUAAUCCCAAGGAUUGAUAAAUGGAGCGAGGCAUUGACGGGAGAGACCAUGAAGGCAAGCAAUCAUUUGAUGCAUGGUGUGAUUCACUGCAAUGGCUUUGGUCACUUGCUAUGCAUUAACACUGAUGAUGCUUUUCGUUACUUCUCUGGCCGCCGAAUCAUGCACUUUUGGGACCGUCUUUGCUCUACUCUUCACACCAGGAAGAUUUCACUGGAUGAUAUAUCGAGGAAGGGAUCAAUGGAUCUGAGGCUUCUCCAUGGUGUUGCAUAUGGUCGACCAUGGUUUGGGAAAUGGGAUUACAUGUUCUCUCACGGAAGCUUUGGGAUCAGAAAAGAACAAUACAACCGAGCUAUUUGCAUUCUUAGCUCUAUGGAAGUUGACAAGAUAAAGGAAGAUUUCUCCGGAACAAGAAAAGAAAGAGUGAUAAAGAUGAUCACCAACUUUUACAUAGAAUCAAGUCAAACGCCAAUAGUCACUCUCUCUGAGUUGCUUCAAUUCAUGCUUGCCUUCACUUCCAAAGCUCCCGUUGAAAGAACCACUGCAGUGGCACUAGUAGCAAUGUCUUCACAUCAUGUUUCAAACCCAGUUCUUAGAGAUGAUGGAGACACUUCAGAUAGCUCUUUGACCUCAUUCCCUGAUGAUCAGGAGGAAUCGGGUGAUAAUGAUUCUGGCGCAGACCAUGCCCUAGUCGAUCAAGAUACCACAAUGGUCGGUAUGGUUCCCCCUAAGUAUAAAUCAUUUGAUGCUAUGGCCAGGGGAGAAGAUGCUAGAUGGUCUGCAAAGAGGUUGGAUAACGCAGCUCAAGCGGUUGUCAAAGUUUUCAGUGAGAGAAACAACAGCGUCAUUAGUCGCCAAGAGCUACGUGAAGCUGUUAGAGGUAGCAUUGGUGAUACAGGGUUGAUUGACUUCUUGCUCAAACACAUUGACAAGGUUCUAAUAGGUGACCAGAUAGUUCAUAGGUUCCCAAACCCUGAAUCACGAAUGCUACAAUUCUCCCUCAGGAGCUUCACUUCCCGUUCUCUAGAUCGAGAGCCGAAAAAGAGAAAGAAAACUCAAGAAACUGAUGAAUGGAGAUCAACCACUCCUGGACUAGAUCCUUAUGAAGACAUUCUAUAUCUGUAUCAGAAUCUCUUGCUAACUUAUCCUGAUACAGGCUUAUACAGUGAUGCCUCUGAGGUUAUCUUGAACUGCAAGGGCUUUGUGAAAGAAUGGCCCUUCCCGUCUCACCAGGAACAGAACACUUUAACAGUAAGCUGCCAAGUCAUGCCUAAUCACGAUGAGCUACUCAGAGACUUCACCAGGAAACUACCCCCUGGAGAACUCGUGAUGGUUCCUCAAAACGCAACCAUCAGAGAACUGAAAUCUGUAGCAGAGAAAGCUCUGAAGGACACUUACUUCGUUAUGGAGAAUUUUGAGGUGUCGGAGAUCAGAAACAAAGAUCUUGAGAAGAUUGAUGAGACCACUGGUGUAGUGUUAGAAGGUAAUAAGAUCAUGACAGAGUUUCUAGUGACAGGGUUUGGUCUGGACACAGGGACAGAGCUAAGGUAUGAAGGCGGGUUUGAUGACUGGACCGUUGAGUGCAGAUGCGGAGCUAGAGAUGAUGACGGUGAGAGAAUGGUGGCAUGUGAUGCUUGCAAGGUUUGGCACCACACUAAGUGCCAUUCUAUAGAAGAUGACGAAGCUGUGCCUCAGAUUUUUUUAUGUAAUAGGUGUUUUGGAGAUAGCGUGAGAUCCAAGAAACGCAGUAUUACCAGUCGUUAGCUAGUGUUAUGUAGAUCGCUUGCGACCCAAGAAGCUGAGCUUCCCUAAUAUAUCUAAUAUAUUAUAA